AUGGCGUCCCUCAACGAGUCCAGCUUCAAGGUCGGGCGCCUCUCCAUCGAAGAAAGACAAGAGAAGAUCAAUAGAUACAUGAAGAAGAGGAACGAGAGGAAUUUCAGCAAGAAGAUCAAGGUUCGGGCCCCUCUCUCUCUCUCUCUCUCUCUCUCUCUCUCUCCCUAUCCAAACUCCUGCCACCUUUCUAUAUCUCUCUCUUUCUAUCUCAUGGUCCGGGCUCAUAGUCUGUUUCUUCGGGCCCGAGCUCGGAGCCUCUGAACUAAGAAACCAUGUUUUCCCUCCCACAUGCACUGACGAAAAGAGCUUCCAGUAUGCAUGCAGGAAGACCCUGGCGGACAGCCGGCCCCGCGUCCGGGGGAGAUUCGCGAAGAACGACGAGUUUGGGGAGGCGACGAAGGCCGGCUCCAGCAACCAAGAAGAAGACGACGAGGAAGAGGUAAGCUCCCCCUCUCCGUCCCCGCCCUCUCCAGCAAACUCUUAG